ACAGUGUUUAACUUUAAAAAAAAAUAGGCAUGCGCGGCAAAAGGAACGGACUCAGCAUACGCUGCGUCAGCCAUUUCGUUACAAAUUGACUGCGCAGCGCUGAUUAUCAGUCCGUCCCCUUCACUGAACCACAUUGAUCUGACAUGGGGGUUAAUGGAUUUUAACCAAUAUAAUAAUAAUUAAUUAAUUAAUAAUAAUUGAUAAUUUGCCAUAUUUUAUCUAAACUCAAAAAAGGCAUCGCUUUGAAGCCAGCGGUUAGGUUAGAUUUCUCACAUGAAACAUAUAUAUUUUUUUUAAGGAAUGAUGGACAAGAAUAAUUAGUAAAGUAAUGAAUCGAAUGAAGGUUGUUUUUUAUGGCUAAAGUGACAUCUUAUGCGGUGGUUGUAUGGGUAAGGUGACUAACAAAAUGUUAAUUAUACCUAAAACGUGGCAUUAGUAUAUUUUUGUAUGCAAAAAUAUACUUAAUACCAAACCACACCCUACUUUCCAUUGUUUAAGUUAAAAAGCAACAAUAACGCCUCGAAUCUCGAAUUAUUUAUGAGCCAAUAAAACGUAGACUUCGCACCACCCGUCGAGCGGCUUAUUUACUAAGUCAUUACGCGAUAACACUGCUGUAGAUACCAGUUAUAUCACUCGUAAACAGCUAUGUUUAUACGUAAUUUACGAACAGUAUUGUUCAAGUGUUCUAGCGUUUUAGUUCGCGAAUUACAUUUAAAAAUGCCGCAAAAAGUUUACGUUGUUGGAGUUGGGAUGACGAAGUUCACUAAACCGAGUCCAGACCGCGAUUAUCCGGAGAUGGGAAAAGAGGCCGUGGAAGCGGCUUUGACUGAUGCCGGUAUACAAUAUGAUAAAAUACAGCAGGCGGUUUGUGGAUAUGCGAAAGGAGACUCUACAAGUGGACAGCGAGUAUUAUACCAAGUCGGAAUGACAGGCAUUCCCAUCUACAACGUCAAUAACAACUGCUCUACCGGCUCUACAGCUCUGUUCCUUGCUAAACAGCUCAUAGAAGGAGGUUCUGAUGUUAUUCUAGCCCUGGGCUUCGAAAAAAUGGCGCCAGGAGCUUUAGGCGCUAGCGCCUAUGAAGAUCGCACGUCCCCUCUUGACAAACACAUUGCAAAAAUGGCGGAUUUAGCAGGCUUGACUAAGGCACCAAGAACAGCACAAUUCUUCGGAAAUGCUGGGCUAGAAUAUAUGAAGAAAUACGGAGCAAGUGAAGAGCAUAUUGCGAAAAUAGCUGCAAAGAAUCAUAGACAUGGAGCGAAGAAUCCACGCGCGCAGAUCGCUAGAGAAUAUACUGUAGAAGAAGUCUUAAAAUCAAGAAAGAUAUUCGGUCCUUUGACGAAACUGUCCUGUUGUCCUACCAGCGAUGGCGCUGGGGCGGCCGUCUUAAUGUCAGAAAAGGCCGUAAUCCAAAACCGACUGGAAAAGAAAGCUGUAGAGAUUAUUGGCAUGGAAAUGGCUACAGACACAAAUGAAACCUUCACUGGGAAAAGUUUCUUGAGCCUCGUUGGUUAUGACAUGACCACGCUAGCCGCUAAGCGCCUAUAUCAAAAGUCUGGAAUAUCCCCUAAAGAUGUAAAUGUGGUUGAGCUUCACGACUGCUUCGCUACGAACGAGAUGAUCACGUAUGAAGGACUGCAGCUGUGUGAAGUGGGGAAAGCUGGGAAGUUCGUAGAUGACGGGGACAACACGUACGGAGGGCGAGUGGUGGUGAAUCCGAGCGGUGGACUGAUCGCGAAGGGACAUCCUCUCGGAGCCACGGGACUGGCGCAGUGCGCGGAGCUGAUCUGGCAGAUACGGGGAGAGGCUGGGGAUAGACAGGUCCCCAACGCUCGCAUAGCCCUGCAACACAACCUUGGUCUAGGUGGCGCUGUGGUCGUCACUCUGUACAGGAAGGGCUUCCAGAAUGUCAGCUCCAAGCUUUAACUUAGGCUGCAUAAGUGCAUACCAGGGGCGGAUCCAGCUUUAUAUUUAGUCAGGGGGGGGGGGGGUCACCUGAAAUAUAGAAAUAUAUGUACCGGGCCAGUAUAGAAAGAUAUGUACUGUUGUCCUAGAUCCAGCCCAGGCCCUCUGAAGGCCCCUGGAUCCGCCCUUUGCAUUGACUGUUGAAGAGAAUAGGUACUUAAGUAGUAGAGCUAAAAUCACGUGAACUUAUCGGGUUGGGCCGGUAGAGUGAGAAAAAACCGGUCAAGUGCGAGUUCGUUUUACUCGCGCACCGAGGGUUCCGUACGAACUUUGAAUUAUCUCGUGUAACUAAGUAUAUUUUUGUACAUCGCCAUCUAUCGGCAAAUUGUCUAACUAAUUUGCGCGAUGUAAUGCACGUAUGUUCGUUUUUCGAGGAUAAUUCUCUAUCAUGUGAACCGAUUUCAAUAAUUUAUCUUUUAUUUGAAAAAAGGUGUAUUUAAUGUAAUCUCAUAGAAAUUUCAGGUGUAAUAAACACACGUAAAGUUGGUUAAAUUGCAAACUGAAUUCGGAAA